AGCCAAGAGGCGCGGCUGCGGCGGCGGCGGCGGCGGAGGAGGAGGAGAAGGCGGAGGAUGCGGGGGGCUGCGGGCGGCGGCGCGGCCCUGUCCGCAGUGAAGCCCGCGGCGCCCGAGGUGCAGGGAGUGGCCGUCGCCUCCUGCGCGCAUCAUUCCUGAGAUGGCGGCGGCGGCGGCGCGGCGGCUCGGAGAGCCCGGGAGGGGCCAGCCGGGCGCGGGCUGAGCCCCGCCGGCCGGGAGCUCGCCGGAGGGCCCGCGCGGCGGCGGAACCCGGGCGCGGAGGCCCGGGGGUUGGGGGGGCGGCGAGGCCGGGAGCGGCCCCGGAGCGGAGCGCACGGCCCGGGGAGGCCGCGAUGGCGAACGCUAGCGAGCCGGGCGGCGGCGGCGGCGGCGGCGGCGAGGCGGCCGCCCUGGGCCUGAAGCUGGCCACGCUCAGCCUGCUGCUGUGCGUGAGCCUGGCGGGCAACGUGCUGUUCGCGCUGCUCAUCGUGCGGGAGCGCAGCCUGCACCGCGCCCCGUACUACCUGCUGCUCGACCUGUGCCUGGCCGACGGGCUGCGCGCGCUCGCCUGCCUCCCGGCCGUCAUGCUGGCGGCGCGGCGUGCGGCCGCCGCGGCGGGGGCGCCGCCGGGCGCGCUGGGCUGCAAGCUGCUCGCCUUCCUGGCCGCGCUCUUCUGCUUCCACGCCGCCUUCCUGCUGCUCGGCGUGGGCGUCACCCGCUACCUGGCCAUCGCGCACCACCGCUUCUACGCCGAGCGCCUGGCCGGCUGGCCGUGCGCCGCCAUGCUGGUGUGCGCCGCCUGGGCGCUGGCGCUGGCCGCGGCCUUCCCGCCCGUGCUGGACGGCGGCGGCGGCGGCGACGACGAGGACGCGCCGUGCGCCCUGGAGCAGCGGCCCGACGGCGCCCCCGGCGCGCUCGGCUUCCUGCUGCUGCUGGCCGUGGUGGUGGGCGCCACGCACCUCGUCUACCUCCGCCUGCUCUUCUUCAUCCACGACCGCCGCAAGAUGCGGCCCGCGCGCCUCGUGCCCGCCGUCAGCCACGACUGGACCUUCCACGGCCCCGGCGCCACCGGCCAGGCGGCCGCCAACUGGACGGCGGGCUUCGGCCGCGGGCCCACGCCGCCGGCGCUCGUGGGCAUCCGGCCGGCGGGGCCCGGCCGCGGCGCGCGCCGCCUCCUCGUGCUCGAGGAGUUCAAGACGGAGAAGAGGCUGUGCAAGAUGUUCUACGCCGUCACCCUGCUCUUCCUGCUGCUCUGGGGGCCCUACGUCGUGGCCAGUUACCUGCGGGUCUUGGUGCGGCCCGGCGCCGUCCCCCAGGCCUACCUGACGGCCUCCGUGUGGCUGACCUUCGCCCAGGCCGGCAUCAACCCUGUUGUGUGCUUCCUCUUCAACAGGGAGCUGAGGGACUGCUUCAGGGCCCAGUUCCCCUGCUGCCAGAGCCCCCAGACCACCCAGGCCUCCCUCCCCUGCGACUUGAAAGGCAUCGGCUUAUGAGGGGCUCUCGAGCCACGGACGCCCCACCCGGCCUUUCCCUUUGGCUCGGACAGGGACCUCGUCCCUCCCCUUGCGGCCCCCUUGUUGAUUUUCUAAGCUGCCUUCGAGAUGACUCUCCAAGUGGAUCAGCACUUGGGCUGUACAGAGAGACUACUUUUUCGAGGGGGGAGGGAUGGGUUUCGAUGUUCCAGCCCUACCCCAGCUCCGUGCUUUUGUCCUACUAAGUGUAUUUUCAUCCUGACAAUAGGCCUUGGAGUCUUUGUACUGGUACUGACUGACGUCUUUUAUUCUAUGUGUUUUUCUUUCUUCCUUCCUUUCUUUUUUUAAUACAGGCUAAAACUAAUUUUCUUCAUGCAACGUUUCCUAAAGACCAUGGCCAGUUUUCUACAGAAGCUAUUUUUGACAACCUCAAGUGGCAUUACAUUUUGCAGUGAAGUAGAGGAACCUAGGGGGACUUCACAAGUUUGACUUCUUGAGGGUCUUCUGUUGGAAGCAGGAGAAAGGGGGGGAAAUUGUCUUAAGUUCCCUCUGAGUUGCCGGCCGGCCGUGGGGUCCGUUGCGCUGCCCUGGCUCGUUGAAAGGGUUGAAAACUUUGUUCGGUAUUGAUAAUGAAUUUAAAGAGCAGAAACCGGAGUGUAAAGUUGCAAGGCGGUGUUUGUAAGCAGUAACAAGUAGUGGGAUUUGUUUCCUACCUUACUUUCUACUACUAGAAAAUACACAUCAGCUACAACUGCUCUCUGUAUUAUACCAGUCUUGAGUGGAAACAUUUCUGUAAAAUUGUAACUUUUAAAAGAGUAAAAGUGUUUUGGUUAGUGAUGGUGUGAAGAAAAUACAGUAUUGCAUGUUUUUGUGCUGAUUGUGGCUCACGGAUUGGGAAGGCUCUGAGAAGCAGAGUAUGAAAUCAGAAUUGCUUAGGUAUUUUUUGCCAAUAAAGAUUAAAAUACGUUUAGGGAAGCAGCUUGUGCUUUGAGAAGCCCAGUUUUAUUCUGUCUUAUGAAAUGAAUUUCCACUUUGAAAAUGGUUCUUCUUUUGUUCAUGGUAUAAAUGAAUGAAACAUAACGAUACUCUACUUCUACAAGACAAAGCAUUUCCUUAAAAUGUUUGCUAGGUUAAGCUGUGCUGUUCAUCUGAUGGAUAUUUUAAAUUAAUAAUGACAACCAUAAUUUUAAAUACUUGUUAGACAUAUUGUAAUCUUAAAUGGAAAGACUAAAUUCUGCAAGUACUGUAUAAUAUUUUUUGCUUAUAAUGCUACAUUUUUAUUAAUGUACCUUACGUUUUGAGGAUUUAUAUCUGUAUUUCUCUUUGCAUUAUACAAAUAUACCAGUAUUUUCAUUCUGGA